CUGAUUUUACAAUCAUGUACAAUGUACAAGCCUCACAUGAGCAUAUCAGGUCUCAGAAUUAAAAAAAAUACUGCAUGAAACUGUUACUUAUGAUACUUUAGACGGUUGAUCAGCUUUAAGAAUGCAUUAUAGUUCAGUUAAAAAACGGCCUAUGAGCGUAAUUUAACAGGUUUUCUUUUGUAUUAACAGUAAAGCACUGUUUUUUAGCAAUAACAGGUUAAUACUGUUGAAAUCCUGCUGUAAAUUAACAGCAAUUGUUUACAUUAUAGGCCUGUAAAUCACCACAGGUUUGCACUGUGUUGCAACAUAUUUUGUUCUUAUUUCUUCUAUAUCUCAGCCUCGGUGUGAUGGAGCCCAAAAUAAAGAUGAAUGCUUUGUUUUUACUUGACUUAUUGAUAAGACUGCUAAAGAGACACGUGAUGUGCUAUACUUAAACCUAUUAUUCUACUUAAAAGGCCAAAUCCUGAUUGCAUAAUGUCAUAUUUGCCUGGAGGGAAGGAGAGAUGACCUUUCUUUACGCUCUCUGUAGAAUAGACUUUGAGUUUGCAUACAUAAAUUGUCCAGAAACAGCCAACCACUCUCAUUCAUGCCCUGUGAGAAAACAUCACCACAAGGAGGCAGAUCAUUAAUCAACUAAAUGAUCAUCAAGUCCCUUCAGAGAUAACAUUGUUUCUCUAUUCAUGAAGCACACAUUAACGGUGACCGGCUGCCACAUGUGUGUGGCAUAAGAGCAAACACUCAUGUUAUUUUCAGUCUGUGAAUAUUUAAACUCAACAAAGACAAAGUGACUGCAAGGAGUGAAGGUAUUCUCGGACAGGAGUGUGCUCACAAAUGAGGGUUAGGCUGGCACAAUAUAAGCACUGAGCUCAAGUGUUAGCAGACAUCUAAAGGGACAAGAUGGCACUAAGAACAGCUGCUCUCCUCUCUGUGGGCUUUAUUCUGCUACUGACAAGAGGAGCUCUCACAGACACAGGUCCGGAGACUCUUCCCAUCAGACUGUCUGUGGAGAACGACCAGUCCAACAUGACUCCUGAGUCUCAUUUCAGCUCUGUGGUGGAGGGAGGUGUGCUGCUGGGCGCUCUGAGGAGACUGCAGGAAACACAGCAGGACUUCAAGUUCACUGUGAAGGAGGACCCAGACUUCGGCCUGUUGCUGGAGAGUGUGAAUGGAGUAGCUGGAAACGAGCACCAGCGGACGUACUGGGAGAUCCUGUCAGAGAGCUCAGGAGAGUACAGCAGGCUGGAUGUGGGAAUCGGCUGCUACAAACCUAAAAGCAAUGAGCACAUCAUCCUCAGGUUCAGCACCUGGCCCCAGCAGUGAUGAGCGAGCUGAGGUGUUCAGCAGUAACUCUUCAGGAUCAGAUGUCAAAGAGAAUCAAAUUUGACUUUAUGUUUUUGGGCAUUUCUGGCUGUCUCUGGAUUAUCAAGUUCCUGUAAAGUGCAAAAUGUUGUGACCGGAUGAGUGAGAAUAAACUAAACAGCAACAUCUA